CGUUUUUGACAGCAUUUGGAAAGUGUUUGUUCUCUCCUUUAUUUCAGUCGAGGAUUCAAUCCCUUGUUAUGAUGAAAAUAAGUAGAAAGUGAUUGUGACAUAUUUAAAAGUGCAAUUGCAUUUGUCUGACGCACGUGAGGUGCAAGUGUCAAGUGUAAAAUCAACGAAAAUGAAUCCUUUGAUUGACUUCGACGAGUGCCUCCGGGAUACGCCAAAGUUUAGAUCAUGUAUCGAGAAAGUAGAGACGAACAUCGAUCAAUUGGAGCAGAAAUUGGAUAAGGUGCUAAAAAACUGCAAUUCGAUGAUAGACGCUGGAAAAAUAUACGUGGGACACCAGAGUCAAUUUGCCACAAGCCUCUGGGAGUUGUCCACCUAUUUCAACGACGAUCCAGAGGUGAUGGCAUCCCUGAAUAAGCUCAUCCACGCCCUCCAGGAGAUGAACAAAUUUCACACAAUCCUUCUGGACCAGGCGUCCCGGACAGUGGUCAAAGACCUCACCCUCUUCAUAAAAACUGACAUGAAAAAAGUCAAGGAAUCUCGUCACUACUUCGAGAAGAUCUCGAACGAUCUUGAUCUGGCCCUCAACCGAACCUCUCAGAUUCCAAAAUCGAGACCCUCGGAGUACGAGGAGUCCUCGAAUAUUCUCUCAGCAACUCGAUCUUGCUUUCGUCACACAGCCCUGGACUACAUUCACACUCUAACGAUGCUCCACUCUCGUCGUCGCCACGAGAUUCUGGGGAGUCUACUGAGCUACAUGCACGCCUGCUUCACGUAUUACCACCAGGGGACAGACCUGGCCCAGGACUUGGACCCCUUCCUCAAGGAUUUGAGCACAGAACUAGCGAGAAUGCGUUUCGACUCGUCAAAACUCGAGAAAGAGAUGGAAAAUCGUCACAUUUUGGUCACCAGCAGGGACCUGGUGCCUCAGAGUUUUCCAGGGACAUCGAAAAUGGAGGGAUACCUCUUCAAACGCACCACCAACGCCUUCAAGACAUGGAACAGACGCUGGUUCUGUCUGAGGGAUCACCAACUGGUGUACAGAAAACGAACUGGCGAGGAGGACUACACGAUUAUGGAGGAGGAUCUUCGUCUCUGCACGGUGAAGCCUGUUGUUGAUAAUGAAAGGAGGAACUGUUUUGAGGUGCUCAGCCCCACCAAGAGCCACAUGCUUCAGGCUGACUCGGAGGAGAUGUAUUUAGCUUGGAUUACAGCCACUCAACAGGCCAUUGGCGCUGCCAUCCAGAGAGGAAUGGGAACGAUCAAUUUGAAUAGUCUUCCAGCUAACUCCAAAGGUCCCACCAGACCCCCAUCUCGUCCCAAAUCCAGAGUCUGGGAGCAGCUCCUAAAAAUCCCAGGUAACGAUCACUGCUGCGACUGCGGAAACACCAACCCCAGAUGGGCGAGUAUAAACCUGGGUAUAACCCUGUGCAUCGAGUGCUCAGGGGUUCACCGAAGUCUUGGCGUCCACUACAGCAAGGUGCGAUCACUAACCCUCGACGACUGGGAGCCUGAGAUCCUCAAAGUCAUGGCAGAACUAGGUAACAACGUCGUGAACAACGUCUACGAGGCCGAUCUCUCGUCAUCGCCAGUAACCAAAGCCUCCCCAAAAUGCUCCUCAGCAGUGAGAGAAGCCUGGAUCAAGGCGAAAUACGUCGACAAAAACUUUGUGAAGCCCAUCACGAUAUUGGCGAGUGGAACGAGCCAACACACGAGUCGAGACGUCAAUAGAUUCCGAAGAUGGAGUGUAAGAAAGCUGCGAAGAAGACCAAGAAGUCACGACAAGAUCGAUGGAUCGAGAUCUAAAACCUCCGGAUUGGCCUCAGUCCAUGAACAAACUCCCCCUGGCAACUCUGACGACAGUCUAGCCUCCGAAAAAUCAUCAGAUAAACCACAGAACCCUGAGAGAACCUCCAUGAGCUCCGAGGACAGUGAGACCCUAGAUCUCAAGAACAACUCGACUCUAUACAGCAAGCCCUUCUUGGAGAAACGAAAGAGCCAGCUUUCGGAGGACUCCAGUGACUCCAGGAAACCUCAGACACCAGAUGAGAAGUCAAUCUCCAAUGAUGUUGAUGACGACGACGAGAACAAGGACUCUGGGACCGAGAAGAUGAUCGAUAAGGAUGGAGAUGUCCUCAUGUUUGGGUGUGAUCUGCCCAAACCGAUGAUCGAGGGCAGUUUGGAGUUGAGUUCAGACCAGGACUCAACAGCUGGUGAGGAGGAAGAGUUUGCUGAUGAAGAGGACAUAGAGAACCUUCAUGCUGACAUGUUGCUUUACAAAGCAGCUGCUGCACACAAUCUUCCAGUUAUGUGUGCUGCAUUGGCUGCUGGUGCUGACAAGGCCUGGUCGAAUGUCAAUGAUCGAGGGAGAAAUGCCCUUCAUCAAGCCAUCAUCAGUGGUUCUGUCAUGUCGUGUGAGUAUUUGAUACUCAAUGGAGCGAGAAUCAAUUGUCAGGAUGCUGAGGGCAAGACUCCUCUUCAUUUGGCUACUGAGUUGAGUCACACUGCGCAGGUCUGCUUGCUGCUCAAGCAUCGGGCUGAUCAGCAUAUUGAGGAUGAGAGGGGGAUCAAGCCGCUGUCCAUUGCUGUGCAGGAGGCCAAUGCUGAUAUUGUGACGCUGUUGAGGCUUGGGCUGCUCAAUGAGGAGAUGAAGGACUCGGAGAUUGGUGUCACUGGGGACGAGACGUUCAAUGAUGUUGUGAGGGAUUUUAGCCAGCUUGCCUGCUCUCAUCCUGAGAGACUGCAGAGGAGGAAUGAGGGGGGCAGUGUCCAGGGGACAGAGUGAGGGGAUUUGGAGAGGGUUUCAACUUGUGAAGAACAAUUCCUUUAAGGGGAGACUACUUCCCAGUAAGUUAAAAGUCGUGGGCUAUUGGAAUCAGAUUUCUCAGGUCUAAAAAUUAAUAAUUAGUGCAAAAAAAUUGAUUGUUUAUUGUUCGUUUGCUACGCAGGCGCUUAAAAUG